AUGGCCGGAGAGUGCUGCUCGGAGGGCUAUGGGCGCGUCCACGAAGGCAAGCUUGUCAUCGCUUGGCACGAGCUCUGCUUCCUUCGAAGUUCGACAGGUGUCCGUUCCGGGUCUUCCGCCGCUGGCGCCCAAACAGCCGGCACCCUGGUCCCGGGGAGCGGCUCCUGCGGCAGCUCCUGCGCAGCCGCAGCAACUGGGCCCCUGCUCCCGGCGACCCGGGCUCAGCCGCAGGUGGCGGGUCCUACCAGGCGCGAAGCGCGAAGCGCGACCGAGAGGCUUUUGGACCGGUGUGUGAAACUGAAGCCAGCCGCUGGACCAGAAAUCAACCUCCUGUGGACUCAGUAUCGCUCUUUGUCCUUCCUCAACGCGAUGGCUAGCAACACGCGAGGCGUUUGCGUGUCACUCAAUGAGGAGAAGAGCAUCAAGCUGAAAGCCUGCAAGGCACCAGCAAAGGCAGAGGCCCCUGUGCGAUGUCACAAUCACUUCGAAGGCAGCGGCUUGAUUUGCACAAAGAAAGGGCUGUGUGAGUCCAUGAUGGCACUCUUCCUUCAAGCCAAGCGCGAUCCAUUUGGCGCUUUGCCACUGACUUUUAUCGUCCAUGGAAGCGAGGAUCCUCAGUUCGCAGUGUUUGAGGAAGCUUUUACCUCAAUUGCAGCCGGGUCCAAGCAGACGAUGUGGAUCGUGAAACCUGCCGAGUGGGCCAACCGCGGCUGCGGCAUCAGAAUUUUCAAGACCCUGGAGGAUGUCAGAGCUCGGGUGGACUCGAAGGACAGAGUUUGGGCCAUCCAAAAGUACAUCGAACGGCCGCUGUUGGUCCACGGACGCAAGUUUGACAUUCGAGCGUACUGCUUGGUGCUGCAGCAGGGCUCAACCCGUGGCUUUGGCUUCAGGGACGCCUAUCUGCGCACCACAAGCGCCCCGUAUACCACCAAAAACUUGGACAGGAUGGUCCACCUCAACAACGAUGCAGUCCAGAAGAAGGGGGACAACUACGGCAAGUUUGAGUCUGCCAACAAGUUAUCCUUGGAAGAGUUUCAGAAGUACUUAGAUGAACAUCAUGCUCGCAAGGUGAGUGUGCGGGAGGAUCUCAUGCCUCAGAUUCGUGGCUUGAUGGCCGAUGCUGCUUGGCAUGACCACCGGUUUUGGUGUUCUCGAUUGGGCUCGCAGCCGCCAGGCGAUCCGAUCAGUUGCUCACAGACUGAAUCCUCGCAACAUCGAGAACUGCUUUGA